AUGCAUCCCGCACUCUCCUUACACCUCGCGUCAUUACUCUACCUUCUGGUUUCACUCGUGAAACAUACCUCCGGCGCCCCUACAGAUGUACCCUCCGCCGCGUCCUUCUACAUCCCGCACCUCCCGGACCUACACCAGGAUGAGAGGCGACCGCUGCACAUGUACGGAGGCCAUCUCCCGUCUGACCCAGGCGCGAGCGUCGCAUCGCCGUCCGACGUAACAGCGCACCUGUAUUUCUUCAUGGUGAAAGCGCGGCGAACUGCGGAUAAGGAGCGAAUUGUCUUCUGGUUGAACGGCGGCCCAGGAUGUUCGUCGUUCGACGGGCUCAUGAUGGAAAUUGGACCGUGGCGGACAGACGGGAAGGGUGGCCUGAAGGCUGCAGAAGGAGGUUGGGAGGAGUACGCGACCAUGGUGUUUGUUGACCAGCCGGCGGGCACUGGCUUCUCGUACGCGCCCUCAAAUAAGUUCGAUCACGAGCUUCCCGAGGCUGCUGGGCACUUCGUAGAGUUCCUGCGGAAUUUCUACCAGGUCUUCCCCGAGUACAAAAAUGUCGACGCUUAUAUUACCGGAGAAAGCUUUGCGGGCCAAUAUAUACCAUACUUCGCCGACGCGGUCCUCAACUCCACCCUGGACAUCCCAUUGAAGGGGGCUGCGAUUGGUAAUGGCUGGAUGGACGCGCGACGACAAUACCCUGCCUAUCUGGACUACAGCGUGAAGCACGGGAUUCUCGAGGAGACGUCGACGGAGUACAAGGCUGCGAAAGACGUCACCGAUCAGUGCACGGCCGAGUUGGCCAAGAUCACCGAUAGGGAACCCGUACAUGUCGACGUGUGUGAGAACGUGAUGAUGAGCGUGAUCGCGGGAAAGAACCACGAAGAACAGGGCGUUGCGAAGUGCCUCAACAUCUAUGACGUGCGGUUAGAGGAUAGUCAGCCCCAGUGCGGCAUGAACUGGCCCCCGGACCUCGACGCCGUCUACAAGUACCUCGCGCGCAAGGAUGUGGUCUCCGCGUUGCACGCUGACCGGGCCCCUGGCAAGUGGGUCGAAUGCAAAAGUCGGGUGCAUGUCGAGUUCUCGACGCGUACAUCUAACUCGUCUAUCACGGUCCUACCUCGGGUAUUGGAGAAGAUUCCUGUGAUGCUCUUUGUCGGCGACCAGGACCUGAUCUGCAACUAUGUCGGCGUGGAGAGCAUGAUCCAGGCUAUGCGCUGGAACGGCGAGACCGGACUUGGGAAAGUGCAGACGCAGUCUUGGACGGUAGAUGGCACCUCCGCAGGGACGUGGGUGGCUUCUCGUAACCUGACCUACGUCAAGUAUAACACGGACUUCGUUGCUGUGCAGAUCUUCAACGCUUCGCAUAUGGUCGGCUAUGACGUUCCGCACGUCGCGCACGACAUGAUCCUGCGCUUCAUGGGCGUGAACUUCACUGCCAUCACGGACGGCUCGGCGCGCAUCCCAAGCGCCGUGGGGGAAGACGCGAAGCCGCUGCCCGCUAAACUAGACGAGGCCGCUACGCCUUCGCCUGUGUCGACCAAGACUCCCGAGCAGGACAAGGCCAUGUGGGAAGCGUACUACAACGCCGGCUCGGCCGCGCUCGUGCUCGUGCUCAUCGCGAUCCUCGUGGGGGGCUUCCUCUGGUGGCGCUCGAAACGCAACCGCCUCCGCGGCCUGCCGUUCUCGACGCACGAGGAGAACAUCCCGCUCAACUCCGCGCUCGCCGACGAGCCCAACGGCAACGGCAACGGCUUCCGGUCGCGCAAGGGCAAGCAGCGCGCAGACUCCCUCCCCAAGGAGGAGGCGAUUUUCGACGUGGGCGACGAGGAUGAGGACGAGGACGAUGAUGAUCGGCGGAGCCCUCGGCCGCGAUGA